UGAUUUGAUUAACACUGUAUUUGGUGUGAAGGGCGACACGAGAGCGCGAUGUGCAGUUCAAAGUGUUGUACUGUGGGGUUUGUCAUUCGGAUCUUCAUAUGGCCAAGAAUGAAUGGGGCUUCACUCAGUAUCCCCUUGUUCCCGGGCACGAGAUAGUGGGCGAAGUAACUGAGGUUGGCAGCAAGGUGAAGAAAGUCAAGGUUGGGGACAAAGUAGGAGUUGGAUGUAUGGUUGGAUCAUGUCGCCAGUGUGAUCAAUGCACCAAUGAUCUUGAAAAUUACUGUUCGAAAAUGAUACUGACCUAUAGUGCUGUUUACACUGAUGGUACCAUUACAUAUGGAGGUUAUUCUAAUUUAAUGGUUGCUGAUGAGCAC